AUGCUUGCAUGCCGGCCCAUCAUAUUCGCAAAUGCAACUGCACCGACCCGGGUGCCACCGCACGACGACCGGGGUGAUAGGAUGCUGCGGGCAGCCGGGCUAGACAGGGGCCGACCGGGGCUUUGUCACUGGUACUGGGCUAGUGGUGUUUGCUGGAUGCUGGGAGGCACCGACAAACCAGAAGAGCCCGACAGAUUGGGCAUGGCUCCUGAGAAGGAACAAAGAGAGAAGGAGAGUGAGAAACUCUGGCUUAGACGCCAUCUCCUCCCAUUGCCCAUUGCCCUUGCCCAUUGCCCCAUCCCUCCAUCGAUACCCAGACUGGCACUAAUGCACCGCCGCAGCAGCUUACACCUCACAUGGACCGCCCGCCUGCCUCUCGCGCUCGUUCUCCCGAACGUUGAGCGUGCUGAACGUGUUGCUAGUCUGUUAGCGAGUUCGCUUUUUGGCGCUACGCAUCCCCAUCCCCACCACAUCCUUGUCUUCAGCCAAGCUGCCGACUUGGUGCAUGGUACUUUAGGAUGUUUGCAGGGAGGUUACUUUGCCUGCCGGAUAUGUCGGCGUGGCCUAGUUUAGCGCAGGAAUGCGGCCUUACUGUACGUAUAUGGCUAGGGUAGCUGUCCGCAAACGCAAAAGAAGGAUGGCCGUUUUUUUUUUUUCAACAGCUGAGCAUUUCAGCAAAAGCUUCGCUGAC